ACCUUUCCUGUUGGUUAAUUUAUUGCUUGCAGUCUGUCACUAUGUCUCAGAUUGUUUUGCUGACAGCAUACAUAAAUAAGUAAUAUUCAGUUUGUGCUUUCCCUUUGUUAUGUUGUAUCCUCAAUAUAUAAAGUGUGACCAGAUCCUAAUAAUUCGGAUUAGUCUGGUGGUCAUAGGUUACACGUCAUGCCUUGGAACCAACCUUGUCGGUUCAACUAGAAUAUCAAAUGACUGAAAAGGAAGAGAUUUAUAUGACUUAGAUACAUCUACAUACAUAUACGGGCAUAGAAAAUACUCCUCUUCUGAUUGAAGUGAAACUCUUUUUCAUGGUUAUUUCUCAGAUUUAGAUGACAAAAUACUCGUCUAAUCUAGUUCUUUUUUCUACAUUGCAUUGUCAUUUUCUCAAUUGUUCAUAUCCAUAAUUCCUACUUUCUACUUCUGUAUGCUAUACUUGUGAGUAUCUGAAGCUUCUAUCUAAAUGACUUCAUUUCAUUGUAUCUGACAGAGAAAUUGAACUUGCAGGGUGACAAUUUAAAAUGAAGUCAACACCUUGGUCACCAAAUGAGCUCAUUCUUUGAAACUUCCGCGAAGUGAUGGAAUCCAAUUUUCAAUAGACAUCCAACAUUCCUAAGGAAAAUGGAAAUGAUAUCUUAUGCCAGCACUCAAAGGCUCUUGUCAACAUGAUAGAUGAGGUGGAUUUACUUGAUAUAAAAGUCCCCACACAUGCUUCUAGAAUUUCUUUUCCUUGAUCUGAGGAUUAUGUUGGGAAAGCAAUCUCUAUCUGUAUUAUUUGCUGGAGACAGGCAACCAAGGUGAUCAGAAACUGAUAAUUUAGUGCUUCUUCUCAUUUUGUCCGUGGCUUGAUGGGAAAAAUUCUACUUAUCAAAGGGUCUGAAUUGUCUUGAUCAAGUCAAAUUGUCGGACCCAAAUUGUCGAUAUCAGAUUACACGUGCAUAUUUUAGAUAAUAUAAUAGAGAUCAUGCUUGUUUGAUGCUGUUUUGGAUUUAAUGUUCAUCAUGUGAGUUCCUUUGUUUGACUUUCUUCUAGGCUGCUGCAUUCAUCAUAUGUGUGAUUGAAGGCACGUAAGGCUCAUCUUUGAUGAAGCUGGCCUCUCUAUAAAUACUCCUCACCCCUCACAACUCCUAUCAUAAUUCAGAAUCAGAAACACUUCUUCAGGCAUUUUGUUAUGGCAAAACUUACUCUUUCCUUUCUAUUUCUCCUUCUGUUCGUUUUCUUUGUUCUUGGAUCGGUUGAGCCAGCUUCUGUUCAGCAUGCUCGGAAAUCCCGAGCAAGGACCUUUAUUGAGGCCUCAUGCCGGUCCACCCGGUAUCCGUCCCUCUGUGUUAAGUGCCUGUCCGGCUACGCCAACAAGACCCAACAGAGUCCAUUCCAAUUAGCCCAGGUUGCAUUAUCUGUAAGCCUAGCCAAGACCAGGCACACAAGAGCAUACGUAAUGGAGGUGGCUAGCAACUUUAAGGACGUCGAGGGUAGGACUCACCAAGACAUUAGCGACUGUUUAGAUCAAAUAAACGACGGUGUUGAUCGUCUUGCCCAGUCCAUUAUAGAGCUCCGACGCAUGAACCAAGAAGGGGGUGACAGUGAAUUCACGUGGCGCAUGAGCAACGUCGAGACUUGGGUGAGCGCAGCGCUAACCGAUGCUACCACAUGUGUUGAUGGGUUUUCAGGGCGUGGCAUGGGGAAGCUGAAGGCCACAAUUAAGGGAAAGGUGCUGAAUGUGGCACAAGUCACCAGCAACGCGUUGGCCUUGGUUAACCGCUUUGCUGCUAGGCACCGUGCCACCAACAAGCCAUGAGGCUAGUCUUUUGGGGACUAAAUCUCGUCUCCUUUGGGCUUAAUGAAAUAUAUUUGGUAAUAUAUCAUAGAUAUCUGUAAGUUUAUUCUAUGUAAGGCAUGUGAAUAUAUAAAGUUUUGUUUUCUAUCA